CCUGUGUUUUCAGGCUUUGCUAGCUAGCAGAUGCUAUUUUGAACCAUACCUCUUUCGUGAGGAGCUGCAGCACUGGAUUAACAAGUGCAUUUAUAACAGGAGUAAGUCAAUAACAACAUACUUGGCUUUUCGGCGGCCGUUUCAGUGAACGAAUUUGAUAAGUAUAAAUAGUAGACACGGAUAAAAAAAGCCGUUAGUCGCUACUAAACGGGCGAACGUUAAGUCUGCUGCUGCUAAGAGAACAGUUUGGUGGGAAAACUCACGUUAACUGUCUGAAUGUGAAGCUUCCAGUUCACAUAAGACAAGUGAAUUGUCAGAACAGUUCUAAAGUUGAGUCGUCAAGAUGCACCGGGGAUGGACGUUUGGACGCCAUUGCUAAUGCUGAGUAAGAAAAUGUCUUGAUAAUGUUAAAAUCAGCACUUGAAUCCACGCCUCUUCCUAUCACCUGUUUUUAUCUCAGUCCAAACGGUUCCGUCCGUUUAGGAACAUCCGACGUUUGCGACGUUACUUAAAGAAGUUUAGGAUUUACGUCUUCUGGUGUUAUGAAUGUUGUGUGACACACCAUCCCAGAUGAAAUCAGUGCCACUGGUUGAAGAGAAAUAUGUUAGCCUAUCUCCCAACUCCUGAGAGGUUCAUUAAUGGAGAGGAUGGACCACAACAACCCAGAGAUACUAGAAGAGCCUGGUGGAGAGACAGCAGAACGGGAAAAUUCUAAGUCAUUCUGUCCAGAAAAGGAGCAGACGAGAUGCAGUUCGUGCAUGGUGGCCGAGGAUCUGACCCCUAAUGGUCCCUGGUCACAGAGUUCCAUCUCCCGUUCCCUGCAGCGAGCAGAGACGUUACUCAGAAGCACCUUUAAUCCCAGUCUGAAGUGGCUGUUCCAUGGCCGCAGUCAAGAUGAGGAAGAGGAACAUUUUGUAGCCGCCGCCAACCUGGUGUCCCGGUCCUCUGCACGUCUCCUGCGUCUGCAACAAGCUCUUCUGACUGUGAGCCCCCAGUGGCAGCUGGUCGGCGGGGCACAGCCGGGAUCUCACCGGGUGUGUGUUAAAGGCCUCCCAUCAGAGGGCGGUGUUCUCCUCCUGCCCUCCUCCCCCUCCCUGCAGGGCCACUACACAGCCCUGCGGAGGCUCCUGGAGCAGCGAUGCCUGCUGCUCUUCGUACACGAGUACACCAGAAGGGCUCGCUUAACGGCAGCAUACAUAUCCAGAGUGAGCCACCUGCUGGAGGGUCGGCUGAAGAAACCCCACCUGACACCUGACCAGACCCCGUCCAGCUGGUCUUCAAUCGGGGUUGGUCUUGGCUCACUGAGUCAGGAGCUCCGGGUCCAUCUCAACCACUGGUCCUGUCUGUUGUCUAAAGUCCAGUCGGACCACUAUCUGAGGCCCGCUCUGGUCCAGCAGACCAGGCUGCUGGCAGAAAUCAAACAAACUCUGGACUUACUCGGUCUGCAGGCACUGGUUUUAAUGGAACAUUAUGUUUAUGUCCUUCUGUCUGCUAUAGCCCAGACUGAAUUAGACUCUGUACCAAGAGAAGUCUUGGAGGAUAUUUUAACGGGUACAGCCCUGUAUAACCAGGCAGUGGGGGAGCAGAGAGCGCAGCACAGCGCCACCCAGCUGAGGACUGCGGUAUUACAGCAGACACAUUGUUCCACACUGGAUUCUAGUCUUCCAAAAAGCUUCACAGCAGGGCAUCACCCCGCGGCCUUCUCAGUCAAAGAGUUGAUGAUGGUUUUAGCAGUGCAUGAAGCAAACGCGGCAGCCAAGCAGCUGCUCUGCUGGGCCUCUGAGCAGAGCUCCCACGCGUGUCAGGUCCACGCCAACCACGAGUCCUGCGCAUGCUCCGAAAACUGUGUUAGUCAGGGGGCCCGGCUCAGCUGUGGGGCCUCCGCACUGAGAUCUGAGUGGACCUGGGAGCACCUGCAGCAUACCUACCUUAUUUCCUCUCCUCUCUCCUCUAAUUAUCACCAUGCCCCCUUACAGUCAUCGUCUCGCCACACCUGCCAUAAAACUGCCCAAGUUUACGUCCCUGACCUUCAUUUGGACAGUACUAUUUUUGAAAACCAUUAUCCUGUAUUAGCCAAGCCCACAUUUGUGCAACACAGUCCAGAUGGCUCCAUCAAAGACCAAACCAGCCAGUGCCAAACAAACAUAUCCCAGACUGGUCUAGCCCAACCAAAUCUAGAAACGCAGACCAGUUUAGGAAACUGUAAACUACUGCGGACCGUUUCACCUCCUUCAACCACCUUCCACCAUCUCUUAGCCCGGCCUCUGUCAGGGGGUCGCCAGCAGGACCAUUCCUCGGUAGAGCUGCUUUUUCAGGUGCUGGUUUCUUCCAAUGACCUGCUGGCUCCGCUUGUUUCACGUACAUCUACGCCAGAGGCACCGAGUGAACAACUUUUCCCAAAUACAGGAACAGAUGUGUUGUCACCAAACGAAAAGAAUGACUUGAUUAUUUUAAAUGGUCCGAUCAUAAAUGCAGCAGGUUCAGUGGAAUGCAAUAGUCUGAGUACAGAAGGCAACAAGGACCAAAAGGUGGAAGGACCUCAGCAGGAAUGGCAUGAACUGGAAAUAACAACCAGGAAAGACGCUACUGUCAGCUCAGGUUUUGGAAGCCCAGAGAAGGAGGAGACUGGGGGAGCAGAGGGGACCACGGCGGAGCAAGAUUGUCUCCGCUGGCCUCACUCGGUACAGUGGCUGGACCUCGGUCAGUCGCUGGUUUUUGCCGAGCUGUUUGGACAGUACCGCACGCUGCUGUGGACUCUGUGCAGCAAAGCCCUGCGGCUGCAGCUGCAUGUUCCACAAGCAGGAAGCGCUGCAGGAAGCAUCAACCUCCAAGACAAACACAGGGGCUUCCAAAUCCUGCACAGGAUCAGUCAGGCUUCAAAGGACGAUCUGGUUGCCAAGGAGUGCAGAACCAUGCUGGAGGACUUCAGUCUCUAUCUGUUAGUCAUUACAGCACAUGCUCAGUGGGACUACGUGGUGUGCAGAAGUUUAGGUUCAGCUCUGAAAGAUAAGUGUCUCACAGAUGUGAAUCAGGGCAGCCACUCUGUGACCAUGGGUCACUUCCUGCUGCUGUCCCCUCCUCUCCUGUCAUCUCUGUGCUGCCAUCGCUCAAACAGCAGAGCCUCAGGUUCUACUAGCCUCUUCCCCUCCCGGCUCACUCUCCAGAGACAGACUGUUAGCUUGGCGUUAGCCACGGUGCAACUGUCUCACGGUGUGGGUCAUGUCCAAGGCUUACCAGUUCCUAUCCUCAUGGAGCCUCAACAAGUUCCUGCUUAUCACGCAGGGAGACCUCAAAGUGCUGAUGGAGUCAUUAGAGAUGAUGGAGCAUCAGACUGAGGCCCUGGGGAUGAAUUCAGAUACGAACCAACAUCCCACUCUUCAUAACCACAACCAGCUUCUGCUGAGGCAGCAACUCAACGC